CGUCUGCAUCAGCCCAUUAUUUGCUACACCGUGUUUUUGGGAGUGCGUAUGCAUGUCAACUUUUAACAGUUUCGUAAAAAAAAAGAUGUUUCUUGGUGUGGAAACAAUUGGAAAGGAUGGAAAAUAUUCCAGAACAGCUAGGUGACAAGGAAGUUGAUGAAAUUCUCGUUGUGUGUGGGAAGCAACAGCGUAAACGAAAAAGGAAAUUGAAUCAUCUGACACCCGAAUACAAACAACGACUAAAAACAACGGCAGUGACGAAGCUUUUACAAUGGAUGUCAACAGGAAUUCCAGAAAGUCAUAUGAAACACUUAGUAUCACUAUCGUCAAGAUUGCCUCAGAUGUUUGGACUGAAAACUAAAGUAUCUCUAUCGGAAUCCUGUGUUGGAGAUAUGACAUCACAACAAUCUACUUGUCAUUUACCUACAAUAUUACAUAUGUUAUAUAUUUUUCUAGGAAAAGGAGUGUGCCGAAGAAAUAGAGGUCCAUAUAUUGAUCUCCACCAGAAUACUGCUGGUGCGGAAUCUAGCAACAGCCAAACCAUGUUGAAUCACCUUCAAGAUACUUUCACGACAGACAAACAGCAUGCAAACGAAGAUGUAGAUUUUCAUGCUUUUGAAGGCAUACCUGUUAUUAAUCUUGCUGGUACUUCCUCGGUCCCAAACAACAAACCCUUGUCGUUUAAAAGAAUUUUAUGCCAUUGGGCUGCUUUUACUAUGCAAAAGAAAAGUCAUUUGACGUACUUGCUGGAGUUGCUGAAGGAACAUAGGCCGCAAAUAGAUUUUGAUACCUUGCCAUCAUCCGGAAAAACAGUUGAUGUUAAUCGACGGCCGUGAUAUGCCGCAGCCAUAUACUACGACAUUACAGUUAGCUAGUACAAACAGUGUGAAUCGAAAGAAUCACCCACUGCCACCCGUCAUUAAUUUAGACAAUGAAGGAAAUGGAAGGUACACUCACUUCGGUCUUGAAACUGCGCUAGCCGGAGACUCACCAGGAGUAUAUUUCCGCAAUGCUGAUUUAUUGCAAUAUGCUGCUAUUUUCAAAACAAAUCCAAACGCCCUUCCACUAUCUAUCCA